AUGUUGGAUGAUUACAAUCAAUUAAGCGUUUAGUUUGAUAGUCAUAGACAAACAUUUGGCAACUCAAAGAUUAGCCAAAACCCUUUUGUUGACCCAGUGUAAUUUUCGCCCUCAGAUAGAAUAACAAAUCUCAGGUUACCUCAGUUUACAAAUUUUUCACCAUCAAAGACUCUUUCGCCAAAUAAACAAUUGCGAGGAGAAUCAGAGGCAUAACCUAUCCCUGAUUCCCUUUCGUAGACAAUAGAUGAAAAUUUCACAUCUUUUUCAUCUCUCCCAAAAGAACUUUCAGAAUUAGAUAAGCAAAUAAUUAUUUAGCAUAAAGAUCUGCGAUCACUUCUUUAAACUAGAAAUAAUAUAUUGCCAAAAUAUUCAUCCCAAGUGGUUCCGAAUAAAAAUGGGGGAGUAACUAAUAAAUCUGAAAAAUAGAGAAAGAGUAAAUCAAAAAGUAAAAUUGUUAAAUUUUAGACAAAUAAUUAAUCUAGUAACAAGAACAAUGAAAGUAGCCUUUAAACAAGUGGUAAUUUAAGGAUGUCAAUAGUCAAUAACUCUACUAAAGACUUAGUGCUUAAUAAAAUUGACAACCUAAUAACAUAAAACACUCUAUCAAUAACGAAACUCAACAGAGUAAAGUAAAAUACUUAAUAUGAUGUGGAUAGAAUGAAACUAAAACAAUCUGAACUGUAUUCAAAUAUAAACUACUAUGAAAAAUAAAAUACAACUUUAGAAGCAGAUCUAAAAAGCUUUUUUGAAAAGUAACAAUUAAUGCAGUUAUAAGUGGAUGAAAUGUUAUUUGAAAUUAAGAAAGUAAAGAUGGAAUAGUUGGAUCAGAGUAGAAUGAAUGAAGCGCAAACCUAAAGUUAUCAGGAUGAGAUAAAAAAUAUCUAUGAGUAUAAGUGUGACAAAUAGUCAAAUCAAUUAUAGAAUGAUAGAAAAGUCAGAGAUAAACUUCAAUAAUAAUAUUAGUAAGAUGAAAAUACUCUCAAAAACUAAAAUGUAGAAUUAGAAACUCAAAGAGAUAUGUUAUAGCAGCUAGUUAAUUAAUAAAAUGUUAUGGAAUAGAAGAGAAAAGGAAUAGUAAAUGAUAAAGGUAGAAUGUUCAAAGCUAUAGUCAAAAACUGA